GUCUCGAGAAGGCGUUGACCAACAUGGAAGCGCCUGGGAGUGGGAUGUGCUCUCCCCUCGCAGCGCCGGCGCUUCAAGUGACGCCACGCGUGUCCCUCCUCCACUGCCUCCUCCUCGCCUCCAUGUCCCUGACGCCGCCGCCGGGCGCCGACGAGUGGGCGGUGGUGGAGCGCCGAGGCCCGCACCUGAGGGCAUCCGGGCGGCCCUUCAUCGUACAUGGCUUCAACACCUACUGGCUCAUGUACUUCGCCGCCGACCCCGCCACGCGCCCCGCGGUGACCGCCGCCUUCGCCGACGCCGCCGGUGCGGGGCUCAACGUGUGCCGCACCUGGGCCUUCAACGACGGAGGAUACCGCGCGCUGCAGCUCAAGCCUUUCUCCUGCGACGAGGAGGUCUUCCAGGCAUUAGAUUUCGUUAUCAGCGAGGCAAGAAAGUAUAAGAUAAGGUUGAUACUAUCCCUGUGUAAUAACUGGAAAGAUUAUGGAGGUAAGCCACAGUAUGUAAGGUGGGGUAAGGAGGCUGGGCUGGAUCUUACUUCUGAUGAUGACUUCUUCUCUGAUCCGACAAUUAAGAGUUACUACAAAGCUUUUGUUAAGGCUGUUUCAACUCGAAUAAAUACAAUCACAAAUGUUGCCUACAAGGAUGAUCCUACGAUUCUCGCCUGGGAGCUGAUUAAUGAGCCACGCUGCCAUUCGGAUCCAUCAGGCGACACGUUGCAGGCAUGGAUUGAAGAGAUGGCAUCUUAUGUGAAGUCUAUAGACCCUGUCCACCUUUUAGAGAUUGGUGUUAAAGGGUUUUAUGGUCCUUCCACUCCAGAACAUUUGCAUGUGAACCCAGAUGCUUAUUCUGGAACUGUUGGAACAGAUUUUAUCAGGAACCAUCGUGCACUGGGAAUUGACUUGGCUUCUGUUCAUAUAUAUUCUGAUAAUUGGUUGCCUCACACAGUAGAGGAAAAUCAUCUCCAAUUCGUGAAAACUUGGAUGCAACAACAUAUUGAUGAUGCAGCAAACUUGCUAGGGAUGCCAAUUCUUAUCGGGGAGUUUGGGGUAUCACUUAAGGAUGGAAAGUUUGGCCAUAAGUUCUGUGAAGCUUUCAUGGAGACAGUCUACAGCAUUUUCUUGAGUUCUUGGAAGAGCGGAGUGAUUGGAGGAGGCUGCCUUGUUUGGCAGCUCUUCCCUCAAAGUGCAGAACACAUGGAUGAUGGUUAUGCAGUUAUUUUUGGAAAAUCACCAUCCACACUAAAAUUACUUGCAAAACACUCGAGGAGUCUGGAAUAUUGAAAUGUGUUGUCUCACUACUUAUAUGAUUAUAUGACACACUCCAUGUUACAAGUUUUUCCAAGCCAAAAACAUCUCUGAAAAGUUGAAUGUUCAGUGUAUACAUUAUGAGGCCCCAGUGAGAAUACCAUCAUGUGAGCAUGACACAAUAAUAUAUGUUUAUCUCUGGCUCCUACAAAUAGUGUGCUUUCUUGUAAACAAAAGGGUACAUAUUGAAAUACAAAAGUAACCUCAUUCCUUUGUCAUGUACUUACCAAACUGCAAUCCAGCAAUAUCCCUAUACAAAUCAAGCCAUUUCUUCUUCGCGUAUAGACUGUUGUUUGAUUAUUUGUAUGCCAUGAGUUGUUUUUCAAUUGUGAAGUUAUUUGAAGUGAAAAUUCUAUUUUCCAUUCUCCGAGAACUUUUAGAUAUGUCAAUCCUCUGCACUCUUAAAAUUGCUUCUGAGUUGACAUGUUCAAAAAUUAAGCGGCAGUGUUGCUGCUGAACAAUGUUUUACCUGCUGUUUUGCACCCUUAAAAUAUUUACGAAGACAUGUUUCGAAGAUUUUCUGAUAAAUAUGUUUCACAAAGGUAUCUUGAAGAAUGUGAGUAAUGUUACAAGAAUUUGGGCAAUCUGUCUGUAGCUUUCAGCAUAUUUGCAUCAUAAAGAUUUGACUAUUAAACUAAAGAGCUGUUCUGGUGCAGAGAAGAAGGGGCUGUGAUCUGUAUCUAUGACUAAAACUUCACUGGGUGGCCACUUCUUGAUCAUGGAAUUUUGUUGUUGAGGGUCCAGCAUAUGGUCGCGCUCUGUCUUUAUGAAAAUCCGAUUGAUUCGAUUCAAUCUCUCAUCAUCUCCUUCAAAGCUUGCAGUACUAAUAGCUGUUACUGGCCAUGGACGCAUCAGCAUUGAAGCAAGUACUGAUUCCUAUCAGAUAAAAACAAAUAAGUACAAGGGCUUUGUUGUGAUAGUCGAUCACGCUGGAAUUCUGGUCUCAAGGCAACGGUUGUUGGAGGAUCAUCUGCCCCUGCACCGAGCGUCAACUCAAUCUCAUUUUCAGGCAAAGUUGGUAACCCCUGUUACAUGUUAAUAUGCAAAGGAUGUAAUUAGCUUACAUGGUAUGAUUGGAGAGGAUUAAAUAUAGUAAGUUUGUUUCUAAUUAAGGUAAUUUCAUAUAAUUGUUUCAGAGUUCUUCCAAAAUUCCCUGUACUUUCUGUUUCAUGUCUAGCAUGCAAAUGACUAUGUUGAGAACAAGUCAGGUUUGUGGGAAAUAUCAGGUGCCUAGUUGAAAA